AUGGUGGGCCUGGUUGGAACUCCAGGCUUCUGCACAUGCCUUGACGCCCCGGGGUUCAAGGGUCGGAAUCGACAGCCUGAGGCACCUAAAGAUGCUGUUUCCCUUCGGUCUCGUCUCUUAGGUCACGCUCCUCUGGUGUCUAUAGGUAUCCAGCAUGACCACGACACUAUGUUCCAGAAGACGGGUCCUAGCAUACGGCGCAUCAUUUGGGGAACCAAUAUCAAGGAUUCUAAUUAUGUUCAGAGAGGGCCUGUACAGAUAAAGCCCGAAAUUGAGGCAAUGCUUGCGCAGCCAUCAUGGUCAGUCAGGUCUCUUUUACCACCUGAGAGCAGCACUACGGACCCAAGGGUGUCCAGGGAGCAGCUACAUCAUCUUCUCAAGUUGUCUGCUUUGCCACGACCGAAGUCGAAAGCGGAGGAGACCAAAAUGCUCCAAACGCUUGAUUCGCAAAUACAUUUUGUGAAGGAAAUGCAGAAGAUAGACACGACCAAUAUCGAGCCCCUGAUCGCGAUACGCGACGAGACAGCAGAAUAUGUUGAUGAGCAGAAGAUCACAUUAGAGACACUUCGACCAUACUUGGAACAAGAGGAGAAGGUCGGGACCAAUGGCACUGUUCGGAGGCGCAAACCUACAAAAAUGAUUGCAAGCAGUGGUUGGGAUCCAUUCGAGCUAGGAGACGGUAAAGAGACACGAAAGAAGGGCAAGUUCUUCUUCGUGAGGAAAGAGAAGGCUCCAGAAAACACAUCCGGAUGA